AUGGAAGAAAUGAAUCCCAACUCAACACGUGCAGAAUUUGCCCAAGUAACUACUCCUGGUAUGCUAGCACCGAUGUACGUGAAUAACGUAAAUCAUUUGCCAUCUCCGUCAAAGGUCUUGGAACUUGAUACACCACGUACAGUUGAAAUGGUCCCAGGUGAUGGAAUCCCAACAGGAGCAUGGGCUUCAGGUCUUUUUGAUUGUUUCGAUAAUCUCGUACCCAAUUGCUUCAUGGUUACGUUUUGUCCUUGUGUGGCGCUAGCACAAUUGUCUACUCGACUAGGUAUCGCGUCUUACAGAGUUAUCCUAAGCUUGUUGAUUUUCGUGAUGGCAGUAGAGCUCCUGAUGUUUGCAUUGAUCUGGACCACACCUCACGAGAAUGAUGGCCAUGACUCGAACGAGGGGUAUGAACAAUUGGCUGAUGACACGUUUGUGGUCAUUACGGUUCUUGUACAAAUGUUGCUGUUGGUUUACAUUUGGCAGCUUCGCACCAAGACGCGUGCGCAAUUUCAGCUCCCAGGCAAUGCGGUGACAGACUGUGUGAGCUCAUUCUUCUGCUCGUGCUGCACGUUGGCUCAGCUUCGAACGCACGUGCGCAGCUAUCAACCGGGAAGCUGCUCCUUUCGAGCCCCCCGAUGUGCUCCAGGCUUACCCAGGCAAGUCCUACGCCGUGUAAUCGUCUUGUGA